AUGAACAGCCAGGAACUCUUCAACUUAGUGAGAAACUCCAAGUUGGCCCAGGUGGCCACACCCAUUCUGAAAAACAUAAGAGGAAAGUCUUCUGUUCCUACGCACCAAAUCAUCUUUACUCCCAAGUCUUCAGCUGUGAGAUCCAACUUUGGAAUCAAGACCACUUUGCCAAAACAAAUUGGAUAUUCGCACAUUUCAUUCAAUGACAUAGACAACUACAAGAGUAUGCCAGAUGUCGAGAAGAACUCGGGAAAAAUGUAUAACAGAUUGAAGUUCCAGGAAACUGGAUUGGUAGUGAACAACCAUUACACUGAUUCAAAUCCACUUUUCCCUUCUGGAAAUAACAAGUCCAAUUCCAAACAGAGAGACCACAGUAUCGCAAACAGCUUGAAUUUGCAUGCCAAGGCAUCCGCAGAAGAGAUACGUAGCAUUUUGGAACAAAACCCCAAGUUGCACCAAAAGUUCCAGAAAUGGCUUUUAGUACAUCAUCCACAGGCAUUGGUAUCGAGCAUAUCACAAAGCACAGCUUCGGAAUUAUUGAGAAGAUUCUUGAGCACCGACGCAGCUGUGAUUAAGAAGGAGUUGCAAUUAACGGACUUGGCCAAAGCGAAUGGAAAAAUUGGAAGCUCUGCCAUUUCUACUCAUAUCCAGGGUACUGGCGGAUUCUCGUACAGUCAGAAGGGAAAAUUAACCAACACACCUAAUGGGGUUAAGUACGGAGUUGUUGCUCCUGGUAGACUUGUAGGAAAUAAAGAAGCUGCUAUCGGUGGCUUUGUUGUUGGUGUUAACGAAAGAACUACUCUCUUACAACACAACUACGCAAAAAAUGCACCAGGUAAACACUCUAGACAGUUUGUCAUGCCGUUCAAGAUAAACGAAGCCGAGAUAACAGAAACCGGUUCGCUCAAGCUCUAUGCUGAUGGUAUCAAAACCGGCUCGUGGAUGCAAAGAAGUUCCAGCAACUCUUUCUCUCCUGACAGAUCUAGAUACACUGCUUCCAAUCCUAACUUCGGUAGUGCUUCUGAGAGAAACAAGACGGAAGGUGAAAACUUGCAGAGAUUGUUGAAUUUGAUUAUCCACUAAGCUAUGGAGUUUCAAAAUCGUACCCUAUUACAUAGCACUCAUAACCCUGUAAAUACAUUAAUAAACUACACUAUAGUAC